AUGAAGCAGCGGCUCCGGCGAGUGGACUCCUUUGAGCAGGUCAAGAACUCUGGGCUGUUCCGCGUCGUCUCAUUUCUCCAGGCAGACUGCUCUGCCGAAUCGGAAAUCACAGAAGGAGGUGCCCAGAAGGGCGUGAGCAAUGAGAUGACAAACCCGCGAGAUCACAAUCCGAAUGGUGAGCAUCGCAAGAAUCAGAGGCUGAUUGCUCAUGGGGGCCAGCCCACAGUUCUCCAGUCUCAGGGCAUCACGUUUGCUGGUGGUCUGCAUGGUAUUGCGGGUGCUGGUGCCUUGCCCACCACGCAGAGCUUCAACUCCGAGGAGUUUGAGGCAACGCAAAAGGUGGACGAGGCGGAUGUUUUCAUCAGCCACACCUGGACUUCAGAGACGUCAGGCCGCUGGUCAAAGUAUGCGGCGCUCUGCCUUUAUCUGAACUUCAGGUUGGCCCUUGGCAUUGCAGUCGGCUCAUGGAUGUCUGUGAUUUGCUUCCUCGCCGCAACAGGUGUCAGUGCCUGGGGGGGUUGCAGGUACCUUGUUCUGGCGGGUGUGUAUGCUCCCACGCUGCUGUUCUUCCUCGCCUUUUUCUUCGGACACAAGCUGAGCAGCCUCGUGUACAAGGUUCCCACGGUCUGGCUGGACAAACUCUGCAUCAAUCAGAUCGACGAGGCCAUGAAGGUGCAGCAGGUAAAAGCGCUACCAGUCUUUGUUGCACGCUCGCGGGAGCUGUUGGUACUGUGGAGUGAUAGCUUGUUUGAACGGCUCUGGUGCAAUCUGGAAUUAGCCAUCUUCUUGAAAUAUGGCAAUGUGGACAGGGUGCGGUUUGGGCCCCUUUGGUUGGUUCCAUGGCUGUUGUCGUCUAUGUUCCUUGAUCUUGCCAGCACCUCGCUCCUGGAGCUCCUCGAGAUACUUAUCCCAAAUUGGACAGCUUUCUUCAUGGAGCCACUCAAUAUCCUUUUUGCAAAGAUCUUCAACGUGGAAGAAGGCUCUAGGUUGUCCGGGUUCCUGGCAGCCUUAGCCAUAUGGUGCUUAUCGGGACUUUGUUAUUUGCCCACAUCGAUUCCUGGAUUUGUGGCCUUUCGGCGCAAACUUUUGAAUCACAAGCUCAUGCUGGAGCAAAUGUCAAGCUUUGACAUCCGAGCUGCAAAAUGCACCAUAGACGGCGACCGCCAGCUCAUUGAAGAUCAGGUGGUGGAACUCUGCGGGCAGGCUUCAUUUGCAGACAGCUUGGAGAGCUCAGGCACGGAGGAGGCUCUCGACCUCUUCAAUGCCUACGUCCGGGGACCUUUGCAAAGUGAAGUUGUGAAAUCCAUCGGGCAUGAGGCCCACGUGCCAUACCACCUUUGCGUGGUUGCCUUCUUGCCUAUGAGCUUCUACUCACUGGUGAACACUCUUGGCUGUGACAGUGGCCCCUGUGAAACUUCAGCCAAGAGUGCAGGCUUUGAGUCAGUGGAGUGGUAUUUAGCAGCGCAGGCAUUUGCUUGGCUGUUGUGCCUCCUUCUCACCUUUCCGCUCACGCACCCCAUCCUCUUAAGGUUGAUCCGGCUGGUCAUGUCCUGCAGUGAAGGUCACUUACAGACCUUUUUGGCAGUGCUUUGCUGCCCCAUAGCAUAUGCCUACUCCUACGUCUGUGGGGGCAUCAUAUGGGGGCUGACCUUUGUUUCCAUCCAAGAUUACUCGCCAGACUGGCUUGCAGCGCUGGUGUUGUACAUCGCCUGCCUGGUUGCACAAGCCCUUCUGCUUUUCAGAAGCCCCAGGCCUAGCAGUGGAUCUGGCCAUGCCAAUGCAGAUUCCACCAUCCUUAGAUGCAGCUGCGCUGGGCGUCAAGUUGUUGUACAGUGGGAGGAGGUUCGACCCAUGCUUCCGCCGGCAGGCUCUUGA